CAAACAAAUGACAAAGCCCUCCUCUACUUUUCCAGCUUCUUCAGAUGGUGCCACCACGACGGAAUCCGAUCAGAGAUCUCCGCCGCACGCGUCCAGGACCAUUCGUUUCCUAGAAAGCGUCGGAAUUUCCGAUCCCGAAGUGGAAAACUACAGUUCCAACGACUUCUACUCCGUUCUCUUAUGUAACCACCUCAAGACCCACACCGUCCAACGUGGCCACGUCACCUGCGUCACCACCGUCAAACCCCCUAUCACCAAUUUUUUUGGCGGGUUACAUGGAAGUGUAGUCGCAGCGAUAGCGGAAAGAGUGGCGAUCGCCACAGCUAGAACAGUGGUGGGUGAGGAUAAGGACAUUUUUCUUGGUGAAUUGGCCAUAUCUUAUCUCUCUUCUGCUACCAUCAAUGCAGAGUUGAUUAUUGAUGGAUCCGUGAUUAGAAGUGGAAGAAGUAUAACUGUAAUCGCGAUCGAAUUCAAAAUGAGCAAGACUGGGAAACUGGUCUACAGCUGCCGUGCUACCUUCUAUAAUUCACCCAUUCCCAAGCUAUGAAGUUUGCACUACUUUGGGGUUCUGCUGAUAUCUAAAAUUUUCCUGUAAGAUUUCUGGUUCUACAGCGAAAUUAAUAUUCUGUGUUACUUGAUAGUAUAUAUAAUUCUUGUUAAAAAAAUAACGUACACUAAUAGGAUCCUAGUAUUCUCCGAGU